AUGGACUCAGCGACUUUACAAAUAUUUCUGGCGAUUGCCAUGUUUUUGACGACAGCAAUAGCUGGAUUCAUACCAAUCAAGCUUCUCCGUGUAUUGGACAAGAAGGACAAUAAAGGGAAAAGUGCUAAAUGGUUAUCCAUGUUGUCUUGCUUCUCUGGAGGAGUCUUCAUGGGAACUUGUUUCUUAGAUAUUAUUCCUCAUAUAAAUGAAAACUAUGAGAGGUUUAUACAUGACUCGGGAGCCGUAGUAGAGUUCCCAUUGCCACAGUUCUUCACAUGCGUCGGAUUUUUCCUAGUAUAUUUGAUAGAAGAAAUAUGUAUAAAAGUUUUCGCCAUGCCUCAUAACCAUGAUCAUGAGCAAGGCGGUGGACACAGCCACGAACACAAAACCCGUAAAGACAGUGUUAAUCUUCGAAACACCGAUUCACUUCUUGAAGGAAAAGUACGAACUGAGAGACCCGAAUAUAUCACAUCUUUAUCGUUGCACGACAUGGUGAUGGAAGAAACAGCUAACUACGCAGUUGCUGAAAAAUCUGAAAGUUCGCUACUUAAAUCGCUCACAUUUGCUAUCGCAAUGUCUUUCCACUCCAUUCUUGAAGGGUUCGCUCUAGGUGUUCAAGACACUCCGGCCCGAAUUGUGACUCUGUUCAUAUCUUUAAUCUUACAUAAAGGUAUCGAAGCAUUUUCAGUUGGUCUCCAGAUUUCUAAAGGAAACAAUGACAAAAUUAAAGCUAUUGUUUUAACUAUCCUCAUUUAUGCGUUGAUGACACCAAUCGGAUCAGGAUUAGGCACAUUAUUACAGAUGUCCAGUAUAAAUCCACUUCAUAAAGAUGGCGCUGUUCUCAUUUUGGAGUCGUUAGCUUCUGGCACAUUCAUAUAUGUUACAUUCUUAGAGGUUCUUGCACAAGAGAAGGAUAAUGAAUUCAAUAGUCUCAAGCAAUUACUUGCGAUUUUCAUAGGUUUCGCAGUUAUUGCUGUGUUACAGUUCGCUUUUGGCAGCGUUUGA